AUGUCAACCCCUGCCGGAGCCACCGCCGGAACCGCCGCCGGAGCCGUUGCCGAAACCGUCGCCGGAGUUUUCGACGGAACCGCCGCAGGAAAAGUCGCCAGAGCCGCAACCGGAGAUGUCGCCAGAAAAGUCGCCGGAGGAGUCGCCGGAAUCUCCGCCGGAGCUUCCGCCGGAGGAGUCGCUGGAGCCGCCGCCGGAGGAAUCGUCGGAGGAGUCGCCGGAACCGCAAACAAGGUAGUCGCUCCUUCACUUGGGCUAGUUCCCUUUAUGGGCAACCCUUUGUUUUUUGGAUUUGCCCCCGGAGGAUAUGGGAGAUUUCCUGGGUUUGUGGCCGCACCCUCUACUUCAUUCGCGGCCCAAACUGUUGGUCCUGGGCUUGGCCCACAGAUGAUGCCCCAUGUACAAGCUCCACAACCAUUCACGGGAGUGGACUUUAAGAGGUGGCAAGAGAAGAUGCUCUUCUACCUGACUGCGAUUGGGUUUGCCAUGUUCGUGUUGCACGAUGGCCCAAUCACCCCAUAA